AAUUAACCCUUUCUUCUUGGAUACAAAAGUGAAAUGCAAACGAUAUUUUCCAACGAGUUUCUAUAUGAUAAAAUACAUCUAUAAUAUUCUUCUAUCGUUUUAAAUAAAAUGGUUUUACCACGAAGUCAUGGGAAGGCUACCGUAGGAAAAAGCCUGUCGCAGUCGAGUUUCAAGAAACGAAAUAACAAUGUUAUUACCCACUCUCAACCUCUUCCAAGUACAAGUGCAAAUAUAUCUGUGUCUCUUAUCAAUCGAAGUUCACAAAACUCUCCCCCUGAUUCUAAAAGUUCUGAAGAAGACAAUCGCCUUGUUAAUAGCGUGAUAAGAUAUUUUCUUGCAUUAGACAGAGGAAAACAAAUCGUCAAUAAAACUCGUAUAAUCAAACAUGUAUUAGGUAAUCAAGGGAAACAUUUUCUUCAAAUAAUGAACAAGGCGAAGAAUCUUCUGUCAAAGAUUUUUGGAUACGAACUAGUAGAACUCGAAGGUAAUAAAUAUAUGUUAGUAAAUGAAAUACAAAAUGAAUUACCACACAUUCAUCCUUCUGCAAUGGAAGGUAAUCGACAAGUACUGUUAUUCCUGGUACUCACUCAUAUCUUUAUGCAUGAAGAAUCCUGUACCAAAGAGUCAUUGUGGGAUUUUCUUACAAAUUUAGGUAUUUUAUCUUUGGAUAACCAUGCCUAUUUUGGUAACAUCGAUCACUUGAUAACUGAGGUUUUUGUAGCUCAAAAAUAUCUUGAUAAGAUAACUAUAGAAAAGAGUGAUUCAAUAGAGGUAGAAUUUAAGUGGGGACCACGUGCCGAGUAUGAAUUUUCUCGUCGUGCAGCAUUAGAUUUUGUAUCUCAGGUAUACAAUGGACGUCCAAUAAACAGUUGGCCCUUGCAAUUUAAAAGUUUAAUUGCUCGAGAAAAGUCAAAUCAGUUACAGUGACGCACAAUCGUUGUAAACGUACGAAGAUGGAAAACAGAUUUUUAUAUUCUUCUAAAUAAUAAUCUCACGUAAAACCUUUCAAGUAUAAAGAUUACAAUGAACCCUUAUCGCAACCAUGCUUACAGCUUAUUAAAAUGAAAUGUUCUCAAAACCGAAUCGAUAAAGUUAGAUUUUUAUUACAUCGAGCACAAUUGUUUGUCGAAUAACAGCGAGAACAGUCGCUUGAAAUUUGUUUCAAAUGUCCCUGAGGGCAGCCAUAAAACUGCAACUUAAGAUUAAUGUGGAUGUGUGUAGUCUUCGAGUUUGACAAGAGAAUCAGGAGAAAUUCAAAACUUUCA